GCUGAAAAAGUUGUCAAACAUCCUUCCUCCCACAUCCCCCUUAAAUUGCACCCCUCACCACACCAACCAAACCUUAGUUUAGACCUUUUUCGUUAGGAUACUUGAUGUUAGUUACACAACGAAGAAAAACUAAAUAACAACAUGGCGGCGCGAAAGGUUAGAAAAAGAAGUAGCAACGGUCUUGAUAACACCGCUAAAACUGAAGAAGACCUCUCGGGUAAAGCUAAAGGAAACGGCGAAGAAAGCUUGUACUUUAAAAAAGGUUAUAAGAAUAUUUCAAACGUCACACCAAACAAAAGAGCUAAACUUACAAUCCACAAGAAUCACAUUAUGAAUCAACUUGGUAGGUUGUUUUACAUCAGACCUUGUGAAGAAUUGGCCCACAAACUCUUAGGGAAAUUGCUUUAUCGCAUCCUUGAUAAUGGAGAAGUGUUAUGCGGAAGAAUAGUUGAGACAGAGGCUUACUUGGGUGUGGUUGAUAAAGCUUGCCAUGCUUAUGGUGGUAAGAAAACUGAACGGUGUGAACCACUGUACAUGGCUCCAGGAACAGCGUAUGUUUAUUUUAUAUAUGGAAUAUAUCAUUGUUUGAACAUCUCCUGUCAAGAGCCUGGUGCUUGUGUGUUAAUCAGAGCUUUGGAGCCGCUCCAAGGUGGGUGAACAAAGCAACCCUCUUUCCACAACAACACUAUUUGUCACGCGAUCGAUAGUCUCGCUAAUUGAGAAAGCUUUUAUAUCGUUUUCAGUUUCCUGGAAUGCAACAUGCAAUCUUCAAAAGCAGGGAAAUUGUAAUGUAAUGGAAAGUGCACAUGUUCCAAAAGAAGUUGAAAUGAGUAUACAUACGAAAUUGUAAUGGAAGGCGAAAUUGUUUACGAAAUUACUACAUCUCCUUUAUCCACUGGCCGAGUCUCCCAUCUACAGAUCAACAUUUCUACAGACACCAUGUCUGCAAAGUUGCUGGCCCAUUUCUCACGCAAGUAAAAAAAUGGUUACUUUAGUUUUAAUAGUUUUAGUAAGGGUGAGAGACUCGAAGGUGAAAAGUGUAAGAAAGGCUUAAAACAGUAAUUUUCUUCUAAUUAUAUGCAUAUGUUAUUUCUUUUUAGGAUUAAGUUCUAUGAAAUCAUUCAGAGGGGUACGACGAAAGGAUGGAGGUAGCAAGCUGAAAGACUUUGAACUGGGCAACGGACCUUCCAAGCUCUGUCAAGCAUUUUGUAUUGAGAAGGCUAAUCUCAAUAAAGAAGACAUGGCAUUUUCCGAAAGAUUCUGGCUUGAGGAUGACAAAAAUUCUCAUGGAAGUCAACUUACAAUAGUGAAAUCAACAAGAAUAGGCUUAAAUUCCUGUGGACCUGAGUGGGCUCUGAAACCACUUAGGUUCUACAUAUUAGGAAAUAAGUGUGUAAGUGUUAGGGACAAGAAAGCUGAAUCCAAAAUCCUUCCUUGAACGUACUAAAGAAAAGUUUUAAUGCAUUUUAUCUUUUCCCAAUUUGCUGUUGAUUGAGGUGCUGGGCUCAGUUUUAAUACCAAACUUUUUCCACAGCUGAACCUAAUGCCUUGAAUUCACUCUUGGAGUGAAAGAGCUCAGCAGUUUCUGGGAUGAAGAAUAUCUGUUGAGAUUGCAUUAUGUACAAAGGAGUGACAUAAAGAGUAAACAUAGACUUAGGUGUAGUAGGUAGACUAGGCUUGUAUGAAAUAAAUUAUUGAGUGGAAAAAAAAGAAAAUCAAAAAUUGUUCUGAGCUGACUAGUGUACGCUAAAUUAUCCUUAAUCUUCUUUAUAUCUAAAAAUUGAUUAAAAAUUGUCUCAAAAAGCCAGAUUUGAUUUGUCGGGACUAUAACCAUAUAGUCAUUUAUCAUUGGCCUCCUUCAAAUGAAUACUGUGAUCAUUUUUCAAUAAAAUUUACAAGUCUGCCAUUAUCAAAAACUAUUUGAUGGAGCAUUUAAAAAAAAUUUUGAAAAAAUCCCCAAUUUUGGAAACUGAGGGUUGAUUGAUGCAGUUUGGAAUUAAGAUAACUAAGAGAAACUAGAAGAGAAAAUACGCAUUUUCAGUAUAAAUAAGAUACUCUUGGCUGUGGACUGAAAGAGGUAUGCAAUUGAAUUGUAAUAUUGACUUUGCC